GUGCUGUCUGUGGGUACGGUGGUUGGCGUGCAUGUGAAGCAGAGACUGGACAGAGAGAGACUGCGUGACGGAGUAAUUCAAGACUUGCAAAGGCAGAGUCGGAAGCAGGAGAACCUCCGCCUACUUCAGGAGCAAAUUCAUCUAACCAAACAGCUUGAGGCAGAAAGAGAUAAAGUUCUUCUCACUGAGGGAUCCUCCAAGGCUUAGAUAUCAAUUCUGCCAAGAGUUUUUGUGCUUAGGAAUUGAUGCAGCACAGUGACAGAACUUUCAGAAUGACUUGAGUUUUUUCUCUGCAUUUUUUGGACAGUUGAAGCUGGCUCUGAGAAAUGCCAAAAGGCCUUAAGGUUUCUAAAGGAAACAAAAUAUACACACUUUUGAAACAAACUAAAGAGAUUUUGUGACUGGAUUUUGGGAAAUGGAUAUCUCUCUUACCAGUGUUGAUGAUGAAGCGACAAGAACAUCUGCAUCAGAGGGACUGGAGGAAGGCGAAGUGGAAGGAGAGACCCUUCUGCUAGUUGAGUCUGAGGAUCAGGCAUCUGUUGACUUGUCCCACGAUCAGAGUGGGGAUUCCUUAAACAGUGAUGUUGGCGAUGAUGUGGACCCACCAUGGAUGGAGGAAAUGCCUUUUUAUUGUGACAAAUGUCAAAAGUGGAUUCCAGCAAGUCAGCUGAAAGGGGAUCCUCCGAGUUAUCUUAAAGGAGAUAACUACUUCAAAUUCAUAUGCUUUGCUUGUUCUGAAGAUGGCAAAGAGCAAUUUGAACGAUUAAGACUAACGUGGCAGCAGGUGGUUAUGCUUGCAAUGUACAAUCUCUCCCUGGAGGAAACUGGGCGACAAGGUUAUUUCAGAUGGAAAGAAGACAUCUGUUCUUUUAUUGAGAAGCACUGGAACUUCUUGCUUGGAAACCGAAAGAAGACCUCCACCUGGUGGAGCACAGUCGCAGGAUGCCUUUCGGUAGGAAGUCCUUUGUUCUUUAGAUCUGGGGCUCAGGAAUUUGGUGAACCGGGAUGGUGGAAACUGGUGCACAACAAGCCGCCCAUCAUGAGACCUGAGGGAGAAAAGUAUUCUAUUGCUUUACAGAAAACAAAGGUCCCAGUGAAGACUUCCCUUGAUCCGGUUAUCACAGUAGAAGGUCUCAGGAAGAGAGCGAGCCGAAAUCCAGUUGAGUCAGCAAUGGAGCUGAAGGAGAAAAGGUCACGCACUCAGGAAGCCAAAGAGAUAAGAAGAGCACAAAAAGAGGCUUCUGGCUUUGUGGAUCGUAGUACAUCCUCCACACCAGUGAAGUUCUCUAGUGGAAGAAGCCGUCGUCCUGAUAUUGUGCUAGAGAAGGGUGAAGUGAUAGAUUUCUCAUCCAUGAGUUCAUCUGACCGAACACCUAUGACUAGUCCUUCCCCUUCUCCAUCCUUAGAUUUCUCUGCUCCAGGGACACCAGCUUCUCACUCAGCAACUCCCAGUCUUCUUUCUGAGGCUGAUCUAAUCCCUGAUGUUAUGCCGCCACAAGCACUGUUUCAUGAUGAUGAGGAGCUGGAAGCAGACAGUGUAAUUGAUCCUGGGAUGGAAUACAUACCUCCUACCAGUGCAUCACUAGCUGGUUCCUCGACACCCAUAUGCCACAAAAAGGUUAAAAACCCCCUACAGAUUAAACAAGAGAUAGAAAGUGAAGAGGAGAGAUCUGAGAGGAUUGAAGAAGAAUUACCUGAAGAUUCCUGGCGGGAAAGAAGGCGCAAGAAGAAAGGGCCCCUGCCCACAGAAAGUGACAAAAACAAAGGCACACAGUACAAUGCGAUAAGCCUUUAUGAGGAAAAACUUCUUUUAAAACGCCUAGAGACCUGCCCAAAUGCAGUGGCAAUAACUCAUGAGGCCAGGAGACUCAGGCGCAAGCUACUUGUCCGUCAGGCCAAGCGUGAGAGAGGGCUACCCCUCUUUGAUUUAGAUCAAGCAGUGAAUGCUGCCCUUCAGCUGGUAGGCGGAGUGUAUGGAGCGAGAGAAGGGUCUGUCUCAAGACCAGCACCCUCAGGCCCAGAGUAUCAGGCAACAGCCAAAGACUACAGAAUCUUGGAUAGGUACCAGACUGCGCUGCCAGUCACAAAGAGACAUCGGCAUGCAGCAACUCGCUUUGUGUACAGAUUGGGGGGCUGUGAAGACAAGGAUUCAGACCUCAGCAUCGUCAGCCCCUAUACUGCCAGAGUCUUGAAGCCCUACAUAAGGCGCGACUAUGAGACAAAGACGCUGAAGCAACAGCUCCUGGCGGAGAUUAAAGCCUUUCCACACAGAAAUGAGCCUGACUGGCAACCGGAGCCAGAGUCUCCUAUCGAUUACUGUUAUGUCCGUCCAAGCCAUAUACCCACCAUUAACUCAAUAUGCCAAGAAUUCUUUUGGCCUGGCAUUGACCUCUCUGAAUGUUUGCAGUAUCCAGAUUUCAGCGUUGUAGCGCUGUACAAAAAGGUUGUCGUUGCUUUUGGCUUCAUGGUUCCAGAUGUGAAAUAUAAUGAAGCCUACAUCUCAUUCUUGUUUGUGCAUCCUGAAUGGAGGAGAGCCGGCAUCGCCACAUUUAUGAUCUACCACCUUAUACAGACUUGUAUGGGGAAGGAUGUCACCCUGCAUGUUUCUGCCAACUCAUCAGCGAUGUUGCUCUACCAGAAGUUCGGAUUCAAGACGCAAGAGUACAUUUUGGACUUCUAUGACAAAUAUUACCCGUUGGACAGCAAGGAAUGCAAGCACGCCUUUUUCCUUAGGCUGCGGAGGUGAUGGAGAUACAUUAACCUAAAUGCCUUGUGGGAUAUUUGGCAGUUUAUUUCAGGGCAGAAAAGCCAAUUAGUCUUUUGUAAGCUGCGCCUCACACGAAAUAAAAACAAUGUCAAAAGAAUCAUCUGUGUUUGUAAGAAAGGCUGCGACAUGCAUGGAGUAAAUGGACCCUGUAGGAGCUAACAAAUAUUAAAGGGGAACCGCUAUUAUACCACCUAUCGCUGUAAUCUGUUCCUUCAAAAAGUAUGAAUAAAUACCAUUUUAUAUGCUGAAAUCCAGCUGCAAAA